GAGGUUUCUUAAAAGGAAUGCCAAAAAGUAAUUAUAAGGAAAAAAAUUAAAAUCGAUAGCGGGGCAAAGCUGGUAGUAAUUGGUACCCCGUCAUAAGCCGAACAUCGGAGAUGCUUUGAAAACCAAACACCACUUCUAAUACAACCCUGUCAUAAACCACUAACAACAAAAGAUGAGAUACAGUUUCGAUAUACCAUCAUCAGACGACCCUAAAACCCUAACUCCCACUGACCCACAAAUCCAGUGGGUCCCUCUUCAAAAUCACCCCCUCUUCUCCACCACCACAUCCACCGCCGUGCCGGAGAAUCUGCUGGCCUGGGACGGAGCUUCUCGGGUGUAUUAUUGGGACCCUGCCAAACACUGCCUUAACAGAAUCUCUAUUCGCCUUGGUGAACCUGACCCCACCUCUGUUCUCGCCGCUUCUCCUGCUAAGGCAUUGCAAGCGGAUGUACCACUUAACUUUGUGGUGAAUAGAAUUUCUAUUAACAGAAACGGGUCGGCUAUACUUUUAGCUGGUUCGGAUGGGCUGCGUGUCAUGUACCUCUAUGGGCGCAGUUCAGCGCAAGUUAAUGCUACUAUAUGCAGAACUGUGUCCAUUGGUUCAGACAUCUACUUCAACCAGAACAAUGUGAUCCGGACUCUACAAAUUUCAUGGCACCCUUACAGUGACACCCAUAUAGGAAUCUUGUCUUCGGACUCUGUUUUCAGGUUAUUUGAUUUGUCUUCGUCUCCCGGGCAACCAGAGCAGGAAUACUAUUUGCAGCCUGUGGAAUCUGGUAGAUCAAGAAAUGCUGCAUCAAUCCGCCCAGUAGAUUUUUUUUUUGGUGGUGACCACUUGUGGGAUAAAUUUAGUGUUUUUAUUUUAUUUAGUGAUGGUGCAGUUUACAUUUUAUGCCCAGUUGUACCAUUCGGAGGUGUGUAUAGAUGGGACUCUCUAUUGGAAAUAUAUACUGAUGCCCAGACAUUUGGCCAGAGAUCUUCUAAUUCCAAAUCUGUUAGUAAUUCCAGUUGUGCAAUCUCAUGGUUGGAAGCAACAUUUCCUGAGUUAGCACAUGAAGCAUUGGAAGUGGGAAACCUAAGUGCAGUGAAAGCUCAACCUUACGCUUUAUUUGAUGCAUCCAUUUCUUUGCAGGGACCUCUUCAAAAAGUAUGCCAUGGUGGGGAAGAAACACAUGAGUAUCAGGCUGCAGAAUGUGAAGGUCGUGCAGUGAGUUUUCUUUACAAUUCAGUAAGCAAAGAUUCGAUUCUUAUUACUGCUUGGAGUGGUGGGCAACUGCAAGUAGAUGCAUUGGCUGAUGAAAUACAACCAUUAUGGGCUCUUGAUUGCCCUCCUCGUCUUCGUGUUGAUUCUUAUGAUCGGAUAGUUGGUGUUGCCAUGAUUUGUGAAUCUAUCAGGCAGAACUCCAUUGUUCAGCUUGAUCAGUCACCUGAUCCUACUCCUUGGUUGGGUCAUCCACCACCCUUGUUGAGGUUGGCAAUAGUAGAUUUAGCUCUGCCAAAGACUAAAGAAAGUGGUUCUCGAAUAUUGAUGUUUAUUGAUCCCCUUGUUCCUGAGAGAAUAUAUUCCAUUCAUGAUGGAGGGGUAGAUUCAAUAGUGUUGCAUUUUCUUCCUUUUACAAGUCAAGCAAGUGGCAAGCAUGAGAUCAUGAGGACUCCAUCUGUGCAUUCUGUUCUCAACACAUGCCAAGGAGAUUCCUCCACACAAUCUCCUCUUUCUGGGUUUAUAGCAUUGUCCGAUUCAUUUGGAAGCUCAUGGAUUGUAGGAUUGACAUCCUCUAAUGAAUGUGUUGUGCUAGAGAUGGAAACUUGGAAUUUGUUACUUCCUAUUGAUAUAGAUCAGGGGAAGAAAGCUUCAAACAUUGAAGAGCCAACAGAAAGUGAUACUUCAACUAUUAUAAGUAAAGAACUUCUUGCUGGCCCUAAUGUGGUUCUUCUGCCUCCUUCCACCCCUUUUCUGCGCUCUGCUAAUGCUGAUUCUAUUGAAGGCCGAUCAACACUUCACCAGUACAUCAAGCUAUUUAAUGAAAAUUAUGUGGAGUAUGCACAUAAGGUGUGCUUCGAGCUUGAACGUCAUGGACCUCAACUAAAGAAAAUUAUAGAUGAUCAGCAUGCACGUUUACGUGAGGCACAUCAGAGGCUUUCCAAGGUGGAGGAGAAACAGGGAAAACUAGAUGAGCGCACUGAUCAUGUUGUUCAGCGUCAUAAUCUUUUAGAAGAGCGCUUACAUAGCCUGAGAAAGUUACCCGGGGUUCACAAGAAACCAUUAUCAAAAGCAGAGCGAGAGUUCAAAUCAGAAUUGGACAUGUUUCGGGAAGUUGAAUUGGAGGCUUUGCAUUCUUCAGUCGAAGCUCUGAAUGCAAGGUUGAAAAGAUACACGCAUUCUCUUCGAAACAAAGCAAGUGAACAACACAGGUUAUCAGGUAGGAAGAAUUAUGCUCAAAAUGACCAAAUAUCCCGCCUCAGGUCUGCAGUUGAAAAACUGUCACUUGUCAAUAGCGAAAAUACUGAAAAGGUUAAGAUGGUGGAAUCAGCACUUAAAUCUCGUGAUAGUACUGACUAUUGAGGAAAAGUAUUUCCGGGUUUGUUCAUGUUGUUUGAAUAUUAGAACUGCCAAAAUUUUUAGCUGCAACAGAAAAGGGUAGGCACUUUGUUAGCAAUUUAUCAUCUCUAAUUCUGCAAACAAAUUGCAUGUGGUUAA